CUCCGGUUCCCAAAUCUGCUGGCUGGAUUGCUUUUCACAAUUUUGUUUUUUCAAAGGUUACUGGCCUGGAUGGGACAAGGUUGUAGGGGAGAUAGCAGAGGGAGGAGAUGCUAACCCCAGAGCCAGGAAAUAUCCUCCCCUGACAAAGCCUGCCUCCUGCUCUUCCCUUCCCCCCAGCCUACCUUUCUCCAUUGUCUAAUGUCCUGGAGUGGGUUUGACACCUCUUUGACCAGCACAGCAUUAGGAUGCUGAGGGUUGGCAAGAUGGCUCUGGACGGCUCUCAUCUCUGCCCCAGCUGGGAUUGGAAGGACGCGAAGGGGUACUAGGAGAGACCGACAGAGGCUACAGGACUUAGCUGAGAGACGUAGGAUGGGGAGGGGGCCCAGAGAGUGCUCUGAAUGGAUGGAUUUGUGAUUGGCAUUGACCCAAAGGGGUGGAGGUUGAGGGAAGAGAGGAAAGGGAAGGGGGCUGACUGAGUCUGGUGUGAUGGGGUUUGGACCAGGGGCUGACCCAAUGGAGAUGGAGAAGGGAUGAGGCUGGGUCUGGGAAAGACUGACCCAAAGGGACAGAGCCAAGGGAGGGGUGAAAGGCUGGGGAUGGGGGAGAGAACUGUCAACCUUGUAAGAGGAUUGGGAAGGCAAAUUAGAGGGGGAGGCGCUGGCCAGCGGAGAAGGUCCGAGCCCUCGCCCCUGGCUGGGGGCACAGAGGGAGGGGGCCGUGUCCAUAUAAGGCAGGCCAGCGGCCCGGGUCUCUCCGAGAACGCGGGCAGCCCGCCGCAUUCCCAUGACUGGGCGCAGCGACAUGGAGCCGCCCGCAGCUUUCUCGGGCUUUCCGGCCCCGCCCUCGGUCGCGCCGUCGGGGCCGCCGCCGUCGCCGCUCGCCGGAGCCGAGCCCGGGCCGGAGCCCGCGGAGGCAGCGGCGGGCCGCGGGGAGCCGGAGCCCGCGCCGGCGCCCGGGCCGGGCCGGCGGCGGCGGCGGCCCCUGCAGCGCGGGAAGCCUCCCUACUCGUACAUCGCGCUCAUCGCCAUGGCGCUGGCGCACGCCCCCGGCCGCCGCCUCACGCUGGCCGCCAUCUACCGCUUCAUCACCGAGCGCUUCGCCUUCUACCGCGACAGCCCGCGCAAGUGGCAGAACAGCAUCCGCCACAACCUCACGCUCAACGACUGCUUCGUCAAGGUGCCCCGCGAGCCGGGCAACCCGGGCAAGGGCAACUACUGGACGCUCGACCCGGCGGCCGCCGACAUGUUCGACAACGGCAGCUUCCUGCGGCGCCGCAAGCGCUUCAAGCGCGCCGAGCUGCCGGUGCUCCCGGCCCCGCCGCCGGCCGCCGGCCCGCCGCCCUUCCCCUACGCGCCCUACGCGCCCGGCCCGGGGCCCGCGCUGCUCGCGCCGCCGCCCCCCGCCGCCCCCGGCUCCGCGCCGCCCGCGCGCCUCUUCAGCGUCGACAGCCUGGUGAGCCUGCCGCCCGAGCUGGCGGGGCUGGGCGCCCCCGAGCCGCCCUGCUGCGCGGCCCCCGACGCCGCCUUCUCGCCCUGCACCGCCUCCCCGCCGCUCUACUCACCGCCGCCCGACCGCCUGGGGCUGCCCGCGACGCGCCCCGGCCCCGGCCCGCUGCCAGCCGAGCCGCUGCUGGCCUUGGCAGGGCCGGGAACCGCGCUCGGCCCGCUCGGCCCGGGGGAGGCCUACCUGCGGCCGCCGGGCUACGCGCCUGGGUUGGAGCGCUACCUGUGAGCCCCCUUCCCAUCGGCGGGGGGCGGCCCGGGCUCCUCUUCCCCAGGAAGGGGCACUGCCUGGGAGCCCCAGUCUCUGUACCCGUGCCUUAGAGCGCACCUCGGAGCUCCCCAGCUCUGCCUCGUGGACUGAGCACAGCUGUUUCACCCGCCGCUGUCCCUCAUCCCUGGGGAACCUCGCACCAUCUCUCCACUGGACUUAACCCCCCAUCCCCCAUCCCGAAUUGUAAGGCCCGCAUUUCUUCUCCCUCCACUGUGAGCCCUCAUCUGUGCACGCCCCCGACCCCUGCACUAUUUUGGGUCCCAUGUCUGGGGAUCCUGGAGAACCACCUGUGAGCCCCCACCUCGAAUUUCUGGUGAAUUUCAAGCCUUUGGAAGUCAGACCUUCGAUCUCAAACCGCCUCCCAACUGGUCUUUAACGUCCCCUGGGUGUUUUGUUUGUUUUUUAAUAACACAUUAGAGGCCAGACUCCUAGGUCUGUGACUCCCUGGCCGUUGUCCCUUCAUUCCCCCCACAAGCUUGUCCCCGACUUCCACUUACCUGUCCGUUCCGUUUCCUACUGAGAGAGCACUCCCCUUUGACACAGACUGGAACCUGGCUGGGCUCCUCCAGACCCCAGGACAGCUCUUCAUUUCUGAGACAAGCAACACCAAGGGCUCCUUGACUUCAGGAGGAGUUAGUAGGCUGCCCCAUCAUCUGAAAAACUUGAGACUUACUAGAUUAUUAUUAUUUUUAAUUAAAACUAGUUUAAUUAAAAAGAAGAAACUUUCCUCUGGGCUUGGUGUGCUGGCUGGUGACUUGGGGAAGUGGUCUGGGGAGACAGUAGGGGAGUUCUGUUCAGGAUCUUGGGUUGCCACAUGGGGUGAGCCCCUUGUGAGUUACCAGGCAAAGGUUCAUGAAGUAGGAUUAGGAUGUGAUUCAGCCAUAGCUGUGCUCAUAGUAGGCCUGAUGAAAUGCCAUCCAUCACCUGCUGCAGAAGCUGGUAGAGAUGGGGCAUGCAGGUGAGUGUAUUUGGCCAGCGGGUUUGUCUGCUGUGUGGGAUUAUUCCCAGCUCCCAUAGAUAAGGGAGCAAUGGCUACUCCAAAAAGCACUCACUGAAUGUGCCAAGCAUUGGGAAUAUAAUCACUAAACAAAUGGGCAAGAUCCAUGCUUUGAGCUUAUGGGUCAGUGAGGAAGAGACAUUAUCAAUCACUUCUCAGAGAAAUGAAACAAGUGCCCUACAGCCUUCCACUCAAACUGUGGUCCAGGUACCUGGGAGCUUGGUAGAAAUGCAGAAUCUUAACUCAGACCCACUGAAUCAUCGGUUUCCACAGUUUAACAAAAUUCCAGGGUGAUUAGCAUACACAGUAUUCUGGACUAAAGGCACCGUGCCAAGGCUAGGGCUGAGUUUAAAAGGCUACUUCUACUUUAAGGAGUAGGACCAGGCUGCAGAACCAUACAUGCCCUGCUGAACUUCUGGAGCUGGAUUCUGCACCCUGUCUUAACUCCCCUGCUGAAAUGGGAGCUGGGCAGCAGGGACUUGAGCUGAUUCAUCUCUGUCCCCAGCACCAAGGACAGGGCAGCACUGAGCAUUCAGAAGUUGCAGGAGAGGGAGGGAGUUGGCCUUUGACCCUGUCCUGCUUUUUGGUGCUGAUCCAAACGCUAAGCGUCAGGCUUUUCCCAGCUCCUUUGCCCCAGGGCUCUCAGUCUACUAGGGUCUGCAUUAGGUGUGGGGAAGGGCGGGGGAGGGGAUCAGUGUGUCUGAGCCCAGGGUGAACGUGAUUUGCAUGUUGGACGUUCCUGAUCCAAGAGUUUAAAGCUCUGGGGGCAGCGAUGGAGGGCGACCACAGAGAGUAAGCAGCUCAUAGAGGAGAAAGUGAAAGUGAAGUCGCUCAGUCGUGUCCGACUCUUUGCG